ACAGCCUCGCUUAGCGCCGCCCGGAGCCCGCCUUCCUUCCUGCCUGCCUGCCUGCCAUCCCUCCGGGCGGGGGGCAGCCCGGCUCUCCCGGGAGCGCCGAAGCCGGCUGCCGAAGUGGUGGCACUUGGAGAGCCGGCGGGGUGGCGCGGCGCUGCUGGGAAGGAGAGCGAGUGACUGAAGCGCCGCCGCGAAGGCAGCCCGAGCGGCACCCAGCGGCCACGCAGACCGGGCAGCCUUGCCACCGCCGCCGCCUCUUCGUUGUCCGCGACCUUCUUGAGGGGCUUCCCCACACCAGCCUCUCCGAGCCCUGUCCGGGCCUGGGUUUCCCCCGCCCGGCGUGCUUGCAGGCCCCGGGGAGGCCGCAGCGGAGCUAACGGGACGUGCCCCUCCCCGGGCCAACCCCGCGGGCCGCGCGAGGGGGCCUGUGCGCAACGCGAGGCGCCCGGCGGGCCACGGGGGUUGCCUCCCCCCAAGACAGCAUGGGGGAAGGAGGAGCCGGCAGGCCCUGAGCAGGCGACCGGGGAGGGGGCUCCCGAUUCUCCCUCCUGCUGCUGCUCCUGCUUCUCUCCCCCCCCCUUCCUCCGCUGCUCGCACGCAGAUCGGACCAGCUGAGCUGCCUUAUAGUCUGGGACCGCCGGAGAGAUCCUCCGAAAGCGCUGGAUCGGCGCCUGCUUUUCUCGUGCAGCCUGACCAUCGCUCCCUCCCCCCGUGAGCAAAUUAGAUUGGUAGAAAGAAGGGGAUCUGCGUCUGUUCCGGGUGCGUUUGUUUCCGAGAAGGAGCCCAGCAGCUGCCCGGCUUAGAAGCGGCCAGCCUCACAGGGGAUCCCCUCUCCCUUGGCAAGGCACCUCUCCGCAGCAGCAACAGAGAAGGGAAUAUGUGGGAGACUGUGGACUUCAUGCUUCCGACAUAGGAACAGAACCAGAUUAGGAAUCUCCACUUCUGAGAGAAUGCUGGGAAUCUGCAGAGGGCGACGGAAAUUCCUGGCUGCCUCUCUGACUCUCCUUUUUGUUCCUGCUGUAACCUGGAUUUACCUGUUUGCUGGGAGCUUUGAAGAUGGAAAGCCAGUGUCAUUGUCUCCAAUUGAAUCUCAGCCCCACAGCCCUCGUUACACAGCCACAAGUCAACGUGAAAGAGAGAGCCUGGAGGUACGCAUGCGAGAAGUGGAAGAGGAAAACCGGGCACUUCGCAAGCAGCUCAGUCUUGUGCAGAGCCGGGGCCUGUCCCAUCGCCGAGGCAACCACUCAAAAACUUAUUCCAUGGAGGAAGGGACUGGGGACAGUGAGAGUCUACGAGCUGGCAUCGUGGCAGGUAACAGCUCAGAGUGCGGACAACAGCCAGCAGUGGAGAAGUGUGAGACAAUCCAUGUCGCCAUUGUCUGUGCUGGAUACAAUGCCAGUCGGGAUGUUGUCACACUCGUCAAAUCAGUAUUGUUUCACAGACGGAACCCUCUUCACUUCCACCUCAUUGCAGAUGCCAUUGCAAAACAGAUCCUGGCAACUCUCUUCCAGACCUGGAUGGUGCCUGCAGUGCGCAUAGACUUCUAUGAUGCAGAUGAGCUGAAGUCUGAAGUGUCCUGGAUACCCAACAAACACUAUUCUGGGAUAUAUGGGCUGAUGAAGCUGGUUCUGACAAAGACUCUGCCUGCCAACCUCGAACGAGUCAUUGUACUCGAUACAGAUAUUACCUUUGCUACAGACAUUGCUGAGCUCUGGGCUGUCUUUCACAAGUUCAAAGGCCAGCAAGUUCUUGGUUUAGUGGAGAACCAGAGUGACUGGUACCUUGGGAACCUCUGGAAGAACCACCGUCCCUGGCCAGCUCUUGGGAGAGGUUACAACACAGGGGUCAUUCUGCUACUUCUGGAUAAAUUGCGCAAGAUGAAGUGGGAGCAGAUGUGGAGGCUCACCGCUGAAAGAGAGCUAAUGAGCAUGCUAUCCACCUCAUUGGCCGACCAGGACAUCUUCAAUGCAGUCAUCAAACAGAACCCCUUUCUUGUGUACCAGCUUCCUUGUUUCUGGAAUGUGCAGCUAUCAGACCACACCCGCUCUGAACAGUGCUACCGGGAUGUGUCUGAUCUAAAGGUGAUCCAUUGGAACUCACCCAAAAAACUGAGAGUAAAGAACAAGCACGUUGAAUUUUUCCGCAACCUCUACCUGACAUUUCUAGAAUAUGAUGGGAACUUAUUGAGGCGGGAACUCUUUGGAUGCCCCAGUGAGGCUGAUGUCAACAGCGAAAAUCUCCAGAAACAGCUGUCUGAGCUGGAUGAAGAUGACCUGUGUUAUGAGUUUAGACGGGAGCGUUUCACUGUCCAUCGCACUCACUUGUAUUUUUUACACUACGAGUAUGAGUCUGCUCCAGACAACACUGAUGUAACACUGGUGGCUCAACUCUCAAUGGACAGACUCCAGAUGCUUGAAGCUAUCUGCAAACACUGGGAAGGACCAAUCAGCUUGGCACUCUACCUUUCUGAUGCAGAGGCACAGCAGUUUCUGCGCUACGCUCAAGGCUCUGAGGUCCUCAUGAGCCGCCACAACGUUGGAUACCACAUAGUGUACAAGGAGGGCCAAUUUUAUCCAGUGAACCUCCUACGGAAUGUGGCAAUGAAACAUAUCAGCACGCCAUACAUGUUCCUGUCAGACAUUGACUUCUUGCCUAUGUAUGGACUCUACGAGUACCUCAGGAAAUCUGUUGUCCAACUGGACUUAGCCAAUACAAAAAAGGCUCUCAUUGUACCUGCUUUUGAGACCCUCCGCUAUCGCCUCUCUUUUCCCAAGUCAAAAGCAGAGCUGUUGUCUAUGUUGGACAUGGGGACCCUCUUCACAUUCAGGUAUCAUGUCUGGACAAAAGGUCAUGCACCAACCAAUUUUGCCAAGUGGCGAACAGCCACCACACCUUAUCGUGUUGAAUGGGAAGCAGAUUUUGAGCCAUAUGUCGUGGUAAGGCAGGACUGUCCAGAGUAUGACCGAAGAUUUGUCGGAUUUGGCUGGAACAAAGUUGCCCACAUCAUGGAAUUGGAUGCACAGGAGUAUGAAUUCACGGUGCUGCCCAACGCCUACAUGAUCCACAUGCCGCAUGCUCCCAGCUUUGACAUCACCAAAUUCCGCUCAAACAAGCAAUACCGUAUCUGUCUCAAGACCCUCAAGGAAGAGUUCCAGCAGGAUAUGUCACGUCGCUAUGGCUUUGCAGCGCUGAAAUAUCUCACGGCAGAGAACAACAGCUAGCACCACUGGGACUGCUGUGGAAAACAGAGACUGAAAGGAGGAGCCAUUGAAUGUGUGCGGCCCAGUCCUUUAGCCUGGAACUGAGAGACACCUUUGUUUUGGGGAUUAUUAUUAUUUUUUAAAGAAAAACGCAUCAAGCAGUUCUAACCGUAGAGAUUUGGAACAAGAUCUCUCCAGACUGUGCUCAUGAGCUGCCACCCACCCGCCUCUCUAAGGCCUUUAGUUUCCUUGCCCAGCAGGUGUGGGUAAAUGUGCAGAGAGCAGCAGUGCCUGCAUCUAUGAGCAGCACUCAGGGUGGCAGGAACAGUGGGGAGUGGGCAUUUGUUCUUAAAAUCGCACAGCAAAACAAAAACGAUCUUCUUUGAAAUAUAGGCUUUCAUGUUGCUAUUUAAUAAUUCCACAUUUUUUUAAAAAUAUGUAAAGUAAGAUCUUCAGGUCACUGUCCGGUGAAUUAAAACAAAACGAAAAAGUCCCUUCUAGAAACUGAAUUUGCAUCUGUAAAACAGCUGUUGUCUACCCACAGAAGAAUGCUAUAGAGCAGGAUGAACCAAAUUCUGCCCGUCAGAUGAAGGGGAGCUAUAUCUAACAUAACAGGAUUUGUGGUUUAUUAUAUAUUGAAUAUACGCAGUAUUACUGUGUAAGCAUUUCUGUGGCAUCACACAGACAUUUUUCUCUAAUGCUGCAACGAUGGACUCUCCUCCAGCUCCUCACUGCUGCCACCUGCUCUGGCCAUGUACCUUCCUUUAAAUCCAAAUUGCACCCUUUUGCACUCCAUGUUCAUCUCCAGCUCCGGCCAUUCAUGCCGGAAGGUCUGUGCUUUUACUGCACUGUUUAAGCUCUGCUUCCACUUGAGAGCUUUUUCAUGCACCUUUCAUGAAACAAGUGGCCAAAGUGGAUUUCUGACUACCCUUGGUGGGGUGGGGUUAUUUUUAAAAAAGAAGAAGUUUAAGUAUUUGUGUUGGCACACAUACAGGUCAUUUUUUUAUUAUUAUUAGGGAAAAUCACAGACCAUUGGCUCUUCCACAGCACACCUGCUUGCAAAAAAGACUCUAUACCUUUGGCUAUAAGUGGACGUUGUCACGGAACAAGCAAGAUUAGCUUCAGUAGCCAUGGGGUGCUACAGACUCUUGAGAGAUUACUUCAGUAAAGGAGUUUAUUAGGAGCUAAAAGGAAAUAACUCCCCAUUUGAGGUAGGGAGAAGGCGAUCUUGACGGCUUUCGUUUGGAUGGAAACUGAUUCAAUUCACAGCCACUAUUACAUGCGAACAAGCAACACAUAGAAACACACACAAAACCAGACACUGGACAUUUUGUUAUUAUUAUUUUCGUUAUUUCUUUGGAAUUGAUGUUGUGUUUACAUGAAUGGAGGAGAUGAGGAUUAAUGCACUACCCUUACUUGGGGCUACUUGUAUUUGGUUGCAAUGUUAUUGAGAGAGCAGAAUUUGAAUAAAUGAGAAACAUGUCUUUCUUCCUUCCCCUGA